AUGUCCAUGACUUUAGCCUCAGGGAAAGACAGAAUCUUGGCUAUUUUGAGGCACGUCGAUUCCGUGGGGAAACGGUGGAGGGACGCUGGAUCCAGGAAUCAUUGGGCAGGGUUGGGGGAGUGCACGGAACAGUCGAGUCCACCUCCAUGGCGGCUGCUGCUGCUGCAGGUCCAACAUAUACGAUACGAGGGUGUCCAAGUGCCCCUCAGCCUUCUGGAACUGAUACAGGGUGGAUAUUCUUCCUUCCAGCUCCUCGCAGUCAGAAGGGCUGAGUGGAGUGUGGCCUGCUCUCUCUGCCUGCUGCUGCAGGACGAGGCCCAGCCCAGGCUUCUUAUUGUCACUGCAGAUUAUUCAUCAGCUGGUGCUGUAGUGUCGUGCAGCCUCAAGGGUAUAGGAGCCAGAGGGAGGGCUGGAUCUCUUUCUGCUGCAUCUGAUUAUUGGUCUCUCUUUUCAGGCUGUGCUAUCAUCCGUCCUCCUAGAGAUGGAGGGAUAAGGUACAGAGGUCUGACACAGGAGCAGAUCCGCAGUGUGCAGGUGCUGCCGGUAGACUAUGAAAUAGAGUACAUCUGUAGAGGCAACAGGGUGAUCGUGGGACCCAAGGUCAGGAAAUGCUUGCCCAACGGCACUUGGACCGACCUGAGCCAGCGCAGCAGAUGCUUAUUGUUGUGUCCUCGGGUCUGGACAUCACUGGAGAAUGGACGGGUGUCUUCGUGGCCCCUGGGACCCCCGGUGGAGGGGACGGUGCUGCACUACAGCUGUCUGCCUGGUUUCAUCCUUAUGGGAAGAAAUUCAACGCACUGCAAUAAAAUGGGCAAGUGGGACACUCCCAAGCCCUUCUGUCACUAUGAUCGACAUUACACAGGCAAGAAGAAGCUCUACAUCGGCGCUCUCUUCCCCAUGAGUGGAGGCUGGCCGGGUGGGCAAGCCUGCCUCCCCUCUGCUCAAAUGGCCCUGGACCUGGUGAAUAAGAGAACGGACAUACUGCCGGAUUACGAGCUGGAGCUCAUCCAUUACGACAGCAUGUGUGAUCCUGGUGAGGCCACCAAGCUGCUGUAUGACCUUCUGUACACAGAGCCCAUUAAAAUCGUGCUGAUGCCAGGCUGCAGCUCAGUGUCCACCCUGGUGGCUGAAGCUGCUCGCAUGUGGAACCUCAUUGUGUUGUCCUAUGGCUCCAGCUCUCCGGCUUUGUCCAAUCGUCAGCGCUUCCCCACCUUCUUCCGGACUCAUCCAUCUGCCACGCUGCACAAUCCCACUCGUGUCCAGCUCUUCCAGAAGUGGAAAUGGACCAAGAUUGCCACUAUCCAGCAGACAACUGAAGUUUUUACAUCAACUCUAGAUGAUCUGGAAGAAAGGGUGAAGGAGGCAGGGAUAGAGAUCAGCGUUCGUCAGAGCUUCCUCACUGACCCUGCCGUGGCUGUCAAAAACCUCAAGCGCCAAGAUGCCAGAAUCAUUGUGGGCCUCUUCUAUGAGACUGAAGCCAGGAAAGUUUUCUGUGAGGUUUACAAGGAGAAGCUGUACGGGAAAAAGUAUGUGUGGUUCCUCAUCGGCUGGUAUGCAGACAACUGGUUUAAGAUCAAGGACCCAUCAAUCAACUGUACAGUGGAGCAGAUGACGGAGGCCGUGGAGGGUCAUGUCACCACUGAGAUUGUCAUGCUCAACCCAGAGACAGUUCGAGGAGCCUCCAAUCUUACCUCCCAGGAGUUUCUUGCCCAGCUGAUGUCUAAGCUUGGGGGUAAAAACCCAGAGGAGACUGGAGGCUUCCAGGAGGCUCCGCUGGCCUAUGACGCUGUGUGGGCUUUAGCUCUGGCCCUCAACAAGACAGUUGGGCCCCUCAAGGCCAAGGGUCGUCGACUGGAAGACUUUAACUACAACAACCGAGAUAUCACCGCUGAGAUCUACCGGGCUCUCAACACCAGCUCCUUCGAAGGAGUUUCAGGUCAUGUUGUAUUUGAUGCCCAGGGUUCUCGAAUGGCCUGGACUCUCAUUGAACAGCUUCAAGGAGGGAGCUAUAAGAAGAUUGGAUACUAUGACAGCACUAAAGGCAAUCUGUCCUGGUAUGGGAAUGACAAGUGGAUAGGCUUGGGACCCCCUGCUGACCAGACGGUGGUCAUCGAGGAAUUCCGCUACCUCUCCCAGAAGCUCUUUGUGUCUGUGUCUGUCUUUGCCGGGCUGGGAAUCCUUCUGGGAAUCGUCUGCCUCACUUUCAACAUCUACAAUAGCAAUGUCAGGUACAUCCAGAACUCCCAGCCCUACCUUAACAACAUGACAGCAGUGGGCUGCAUGAUGGCGCUGGCUGCUGUCUUCCCUCUGGGCAUCGAUGGCCUUCAUGUCCACAGGAAGCAGUUCCCUGUUGUCUGCCAGUUUCGCCUGUGGCUGCUAGGUCUCGGCUUCAGCCUUGCUUACGGCAGCAUGUUCACAAAGAUCUGGUGGGUCCACACCGUCUUCACCAAGAAGGAUGAGAAGAAGGAUAAGAGGAAGCAGCACCUGGAGCCAUGGAAACUCUACACCACUGUUGGUGUUUUGCUUGGCAUCGAUAUCCUGUCGCUUAUGAUCUGGCAGAUUGUGGAUCCUUUACACAUCACAGUGGAGAAGUUCACCAGAGAAGCCCCUAAAGGAGACCUGGAUGUGCUGAUCCAGCCUUUACUGGAGCACUGCAGCUCCGAGAAAAUGAACACUUGGUUGGGUGUGGUGUAUGGUUAUAAAGGCUUACUGCUGCUGCUCGGCAUCUUCCUGGCCUACGAGACCAAAUCCAUCUCUACAGAGAAGAUCAACGACCACCGUGCUGUGGGCAUGGCCAUCUACAAUGUUGCUGUGUUGUGUAUGAUCACAGCUCCAGUCACCAUGAUCCUGUCCUCCCAGCAGGACGCCUCCUUCGCCUUCGCCUCCCUGGCCAUCGUCUUCUCCGUCUACAUCACCCUGGUGGUUCUCUUUGUCCCCAAGAUGCGGCGUCUGAUCAUGCGGGGGGAGUGGCAGUCAGACGCUCAGGAGACCAUGAAGACCGGCUCGUCCACCAACAACAACGACGAGGAGAAAUCCAGGCAGCUGGAGAGGGAGAACAAGGAGCUGCAGAAGAUCAUUCAAGAGAAAGAAGAGCGGGUGUCAGAGCUGAGAAACCAGCUGUCUGAGCGACAAGCCCUGCGAUCGCGGAGACGAGCGUCGACCGCCACCAAUCAAAACCACAGCUCCUCCCCGCUCCCCAUCCCGCAGAGCGACCCCAAGUCCCUGGUCCCUCCUCCGGGAUACCCCGUCCCCACCUCUGACAACCACCCGCUCCCUCCGUCUUUCUCCAACUCCUCCAACCUCUACCAGCCUGACGGCAAGAUCAGCCGAAACAACUGCCACACCAGCCGGCUGCAGCUGCUCUACAAAUGAGACAGCGGCGGUGAGAGGACUGGAGUUGGGGUCUAGAAGCUGUAAAAGAACAAGGUACAAACGUGUCGGAAUGAAUAAUUAUUUCAGUAUCAGUUAGUGAAGUUAAGUCCAAAACUGAUCCUGCACACCAACUGAGGACAACAAGUGGAAAUGCUUCCAUUGAAGAGAUCUGCGGUGAGGCAAACAGAUUCAGAAGUAAAUCAGAGACACACAGAAGAUUUACAUGUUAUUCUAUUUGUCUCACCCCUCCUGCAUCUCCUUUCUCCUCAGCUGUGAAGUCAUGAUAUUUUUCUUUUUUCCAAAAGAAAUACCUGGACAUACAUACAUUCGGUUAAGCUAAUUACUGUAUGCAACUGCUGCCUCUGUUGUCUGCCAGUGAUUAAUAAAGUGCCAUCUGGAGUUACAGAAUAUAUCGCUCAGAAUUAGAUAUAACAGAGAGUCAUUGGUAAUAUGGCAAGGCAUUUAUCAUGUUUAUUCUUUACAAUCAGGCCUCUUAAUGGGUUUGGAUAAUGCAAAGUACUCCAGGGAGGCUGGGGACAACAGCUGUAGGAUAAAUUAGGCCAGUUUUAUAAGAACUGGUUGUAUCCAUGACAGAAUGAGCUUUGUCAUUUUUAACUCUUCUGGGUUAAUUGUCUUAAUCAUGGUUUGUAGAUUUUUAUUGGUCUCUGUUCAAAGAGACCACUGAGUCAUUUGUACAUAGUUUUGUCCAGUCAUGCUGCACCCUGCACUGUGGAUGUAAACAGCCCGGGCUUGUCACUUCAAAUGGCUCUAUUGCUAAAUUCCAGCUGCAAAUGACAGCAAAGUCAUGGAAGUCACUUCUCUCGUCUGCAAGGAAUUUGUAAAGUGGUGAGACUGCAAUCAAGAGCUGAAUAAUAAUGCUAUGAGGCUGAAAGCAUUAUAAUGAUAAUGUUUAGGUUGUUUGUGCAGUGUUAGCUGCAGCUGGGUAAUGAUGUUUUUUUUUUUUCUCUGUUAUGUGGUCAAGACAGACACCAGAAGCCAAAUACAGUUCUCUGUGAAACCUGAAACCAGGUUUCAGCUCCCCUUGUAAAACAACUGACAAAGCUUAUAUAUUAAAGGGGUACUUCACCUAUUAUGAAAAAUGUCACACUGUUCUACCCUCCCAUGUGAUGUAGGACAGUAGUGGUGCCUCCUUCCUCUCAUUGUUACUGAGUGCUGGAUACUGGCUGGAUGCUCCAAAUGCUAACUGUUAGCCUCCUGCCAUUGAGCUGGACUUCCCCCCAGCUAACAUUCUGAAAAAUAACCAGAUUAGUCCACUCAGACUGUUAAAUAAACAACGUUUGAGCUUGAUGGACUGUUUGAAAAAAGACAGCAAAAUGUAAUAAAUAAAUAAGGAAAUAAGGAAAAGAAGAAGCUAGCCACAACAUGACUUGCCAGCUAUCUUAGAAAGGGUUUUUUUGUCUCCAACAUGUGUACAUGUGUUCAAUGAAGAAAACACAUGACAGCAAACUCAAGCAAUCUGCUUUCGUCUCUGUGGUGGCUGCUGCUCUGGUGUGGAGCGAUACAUGAAGUUAACCUAUCUUGGAUGGGUUAGGGUUAGAUGUUGAUAACGAGAAAUAUCCAGUUAUUAACAGUAAUUUGAGCAAAAGUAUUAUGCACUUGUGUGUUUCAGUUUCAAAAAGCGGCACCACUACUGUCCAACAUAUCAAUAUCAAUUUUUCUUAAAAUGGUUUACUUCAAAAAACGAACAGGAAUGCUAAUGCAGUUGAAAUUCAGUGGUGUUUAAUAUUCCAGUGUAUUCUUUUCACCUCUGAUUGGUUUGUUGACCUUAAUUUUUUUUAUUUUUUCUUUAUUUUGUUUCAUUUAUUUAAAAGGGACAAUGUAUAUUGAUCACAUGCAUUGCAUAAAAUGUACCAGAUUUACCCAUCAGGCCAUUUUGCAUCUGUAGUCCCUGGCAGGUUGAUGUUGCAAAAGAUGGGUAGGCUACAGAGAAAUAACUAACAGAGGUACGAGAAGCAUGACACGACAACAGACAAUUAACAAGCAUACAAUGUAAUGGAGGCUUUACUGACUCUUUGCCAUUUGAGGGACCAAGUAAAACACCAGGGCAAAGUUGCAAUACAGACCAGCCACUGUCCAGUUCAAUUGUAAUCCUCCCCCUGACCCUCAUUAUUUAAGAAGAUCCAAAUACUGUUCAAAAGCUUUGAGUAGCACUAUGUGUUGCCCAUGACCACUACGUACAAAAACCUGUCACUGAUUUCCCCCUCUUUCUUUUGUUGCUCCAAGCUUUUGAUUGACUCCUCAUAGAUAGAGUGGACAUACCCGGUCCAAGCCUGUCGGGCCCCAUCAGGAGAGAUUAUGUUUGGGUUCGGGUUGGGUUCAGUCAUGUUGACGUUAUUUUAGUGAAACUCUACUGUAAAAUAAAUAAAAAUGAUGGACCUACUAUCUGCUCUUGGCAACUUCCUGUAUGUUGCUGGAGUUUCCGUGAUGACGCUCAAGGCAACACGUAGGCUAUCUCAGGCGGUAAAUGUAACCGAGUGAUGGAAGAAAAGCAAAAUUUUGGGUUCGGGUUGGAUUUGGACACAAAAAAAGAAUGCCUGUCAGGUUUGAGUCGGGUUCAGUUACUAUGAUCUCGGUUCAGGUCGGGCUCAGACAAAAAUAUGCGGCCGGAUCCGCACUCUACUUAUAGCAUCAUAAAGUUAAUUGAUGUCGACAUGCCUUCAGACUGCCUCCACGCCAAAGGUCAGUUUAUUUCAAACAAUGCACAGCCGAUUUCAGAUGUCCUUUGCAAGUGAUUUUUAAUGUGCCGUGAAGCACUUUUGGAGACAAAUGUUUUUUAAAGGUCCACUAACUGAGGCGGUCAGUGGUCCGUCUUGAUAACAAAACCAACAGGCCACCAUCAGACUUUCCCCGCCAGCAAAUACUGCAGCAUUUCCCUUCCUUCAUGUUCUCUGUUCUGCUUUUUCGGUCACGUUGUUGCUUUUUAAAAUAAUGUCAGACAACAAGGUGAUUUCAGGUUAUUUUAAGGGGAGAGAGCAACACUUCCCCACAUAUUUCCAGUGAACAUUGUCUCAGCAGAAAGUGAAAGUACCAUGUUCUGGUUUUGGAUCUCUGUUUAAAAAUAUGAGAUGGCAGCCUUGGUUUCUGGCUCAUCGGUAUGUAUCUAUUAGCUUCAUGUUGCUGUGAAACUCACAGUCUGUUCUCAAGCACGGUGUCUUUAGCCCUAUCCAGACAGGAUGGACGUCUUUCGUGAGUAUGGCAGGGAUCACUUCCCUUUGGGAGCAGUAGUUCCCCGGCAAGUAACCCCUACUGUUUCUCAGCAAAAAUUCCACAUCUUUUGUUAAUUCCAGUGUGAUUCCUAAAGUACCCAGCAUUUUCCGCCUUGGUACCGAAGUUCUGGAACCACCUGUCAUUAACAUUUCACACCGCUUCAUCUGUGUCCUCUUUUAAACAUCAGCUGAAAAUCCAUCUCUUCAAACUAGUUUUUAGCUCAUUUUGUCUUCAUUCUAUCUUACGUUUUUACUUUUAUUUGACCAGUUUCACUCCCAUCUUUAUUUAUCACUUUCCAAGCACUUUUUAGCAUUGUUAAUUUAACAUGUUAUCAUCGAGGGAAUGAUACACACCUUCAGCAAUGUACAGACCUAUUAAAGUAACACAUUUAUGCCCUCCCAACAUUUCAUGAACAGUUAACAACUGAUGUGCACUACAUUCAAUUACAUGAUGCUGUGCUGCAAAAUAAAUCCUGUCUGGACAGGGCUUCAAGAUUCAAACAUGGCUCCAGGAGACUCAACCAGAAACAGGAAAGAGUUUAAUAUUGAAUCAGACAGAAAGUGAAGCUGUGGAAGUCAGGGGUGGCUGGGUGAAUACACUGACCCUAUGAAAACAUGUGUUGUACUGGGAGUUUUUAAUUUCUAGAGAAAGACCAAAAACUUAAAGCAAAAUUUAAGCUCGGUAGAGUGUUGAGUUCCCCACAAGUUGCUGCGUGCUCCCCUGGAUGAAUGGAUUGCUAUUUCAGAAUUAGGUAUUUCUGUCUCUCCAUUCACUUCCACAGUGCAGCGAAACAGAGUCUAAAUACUAUUGAUAUAUAAAUAAAUGUAAACAAGGUGUAUUAUGCCAAUAUAAAAAUGGCAAGUUUGAAUUGGAAAGUAGAUCUGAUAGGUUGCAUCUGUGUGAAACUUCUUCACAUUAGCCUUGUGCCAGGAAAAAACAACAGAGAGAGCUUUCAUAAAUAAUUGUUAUCACAUAAAAAAAAAUAGGCACUGGGACUUGUUUUUUAUAGUGGCAUAAUCCACUUUGUGGUGUUGAUUUAUAUGCUUACAGUGUUAUUUUGGGAGCUGUUUGGAAGUGAAUGGAAAGAUAGAAAUACAGUAUUGUGGAUUAGCAGUCCAGGGAAGCACAGAGCAACUAAUGAGGAGAUUUCAUGACCACAUGGACGUAACUGAUGUCCAAGUAACCAUCCAACCCAACACUCCACCAAGGUGCAGUUUUACUUUAACCUAACAUCUUAGCUGCAAAUUGGAAAUGUUGGAUACACAGUAGCCUACUGAUUAACAGAGGCCUCUUCUUCCUCACUGAUACAGUGUUCUCUCAUAUCCUUUUCACUAUUCUUUUUUUUUUUUUUUUUACAUAAUCAAGCUUUUAUUUAUUUGAAUUUCAUCUUCGUGUCAUCUUGGAGUGCAGUACAUGCUCAUAAGCUCCUCUCUCAUCUUCAUAAACUCUUAUGACAACUAGAUCCGUGCUUCUACAAUCUCUUGCCAAGACCAAGAGCUGGCCUUGUCUGACUUGGAGUCUAGUCUCAUGUUCUUAGUCUCUGUGGUAGCACAGCUUGUUUCAUUCAGUUGUCGUAAGCAGUUAUGAGUGUUUGAGUCACGCUUAUGACACACCGAUGUAUUAACCAUGAGAACGUUGUACAGUGCUCAUGCUGGAUCGUUUUAAAGUGACCAUCUGUAAAUAUAUUGUAUGUUUGUCUGUAAUCUCUUGAUGUAUUUUAACUGUUUAGUCUUAAAGCAGUGAAGAUACAAGUGAUGUUGAUACAAAUGAGGAUAUGUACAACAUUGAUGUUGUAAAUAGUGAUAACUAAGAGAUAUGUAUAACCUUGCACUUGCGUAUACCAGCUGUAUUUCGUGUGGUACAGUAUUUGAAAUAUAUUUCUAUAUGCUAUAUAAUAAUAGCUGAUAUUGGAGAUUAUUUGAAAUGCAAGAAUG